AUGCUAAUAAGUCGCCAGAACAAGGAAAAACCAACGUCGGGGCCAAAGUGGUUCAAUCUACCCAAGACAGUAGUUACUCCCGAAUUAAAGCGGGAUCUUCAGAUUCUCCGCAUGAGAUCCGUACUUGAUCCUCACCGCCACUACAAGAAGGAGAACGGCAAGGCGAAGAUACCAGAGUACUCCCAGGUUGGUACCAUCAUUGAAGGACCCACCGAAUUCUUCAGUGCCCGUAUCACAAAGAAAGAGCGCAAGAACAAUUUUGCAGAAGAAAUAAUGGCUGCAGAGAAGGAGAGCGGCCGCUUCAAGCGCAAGUAUGCUGAAAUUCAGGAAGCCAAGACCAGCGGGAAGAAGGCAUAUUACAAGAAAUUAAAGGCAAAGCGGGCCAGGCCAAUGAAAUGA